AUGUCCAUAGCACUCAAGCAAGUCUUUAAUAAAGAUAAGACUUUCCGCCCAAAACGCAAGUUUGAACCUGGAACCCAGAGGUUUGAACUUCACAAACGAGCACAGGCCUCUCUGAACUCAGGUGUGGACUUGAAAGCAGCUGUGCAGUUGCCCAGCGGAGAAGACCAAAAUGACUGGGUGGCUGUCCAUGUUGUUGACUUCUUCAAUAGGAUCAAUCUCAUUUAUGGAACUAUCUGUGAGUUCUGCACAGAGAGGACCUGCCCAGUGAUGUCUGGAGGCCCCAAGUAUGAGUACCGGUGGCAGGACGACAUGAAGUACAAGAAGCCCACAGCGUUGCCAGCACCCCAAUAUAUGAAUCUUCUCAUGGACUGGAUCGAGGUGCAAAUCAACAAUGAGGAUAUAUUUCCUACGAGUGUAGGUAAGUCCUUUUUAAAGGUGGUAAGGAGGAGGGUGUCUUCCAGUAUGAAAUGUUAA